AUGGUCAACAGCGCGCCCGCAACCCGCGCUGCCUUCACUGCGCUUGUUGGCUCCUUCAGGCACCACGAACAACCCGAACCGUCGCCAAUGCCCAGCGCAAAGAGAAAGCGAGGCGCUGUCGACUCUGAAAACACCACUCCGCGAAAACGACGGCCUUCGCCGCUCGAUGAGACCGAAGAUGACGAGAUAGCUCUUACUCCUUCGAAAAAGAGCACGCUCUCGAGACGCCAGACUGCUGCCGAGACGCUAAACAAGAGCCUUGCUCGUACUAAGCUCGACGACGAAGCAAACGGCCAACCCAACGGCGCAGCAACGCCCCGAUCGCAACGAAGAGUUCUAUUCGCAACACCUUCGAAGCACGACGACGACGAGGACGAGACCCCUAGUGGUACACCGACUAUUGUCAGAAAUGCAGACAGGUCUGCGCGCCGGAAAAGUGCCCGAAGGCUGCUACAACGCACCAUUGACGGGGGCCAGAGCGAUGAAGACGUAGAAGACGAGGAUGCCCUGGCCCGCCAGAUCUGGGAUGAGGAAGAGGUAGAUGAGCUAGGAGAGGAUGAGGAAGCAAUCGCAGCGUCUGAGCCCGCUGCAGUCCCGGAAACACCAACGAAGCGUGGGCGGGGGAGGCCCAAGGGGAGCACAAAGAAGAAACAACGCAGCCCAACACCACCGCAAGACCUCCCACCGCACGAGAAGUACUUCUGGCAGAACCGACCAGGCGGAACGAAGACAUCGAAUAACACGCUUCCCUCACAUGCCCUGCUGAACCACGAUGAGUACUUCACUCAGAUGCAGAAAUAUGAGGAUCCACAUGAGGAUGACAUAGCCUAUCUACACGCACUACACUCCCGCUCAUUCGACCAGUGGGUAUACGAGCUGGAGAAUGGAUUCAAUAUAUGUCUUUAUGGCUUCGGCUCAAAACGGAAGCUUGCCGAGGACUUCGCGGGCCAUCUCUAUCACCACCAGAUCUCUGCGACAAACUCUACCCCCCGAAUCAUAAUCAUCAACGGCUACAACCCGACUCUCACCCCGAAGGACAUCCUCACCACCAUCCUCACAUCUCUCCUCCCCUCCAGCGUCAAGCUCCCGGCGACUCCCCCCCUCCUCCACGCCCUCCUCCUCACCACCCUCGCCACCAAGCCCCCACCCACGCCCCUCACCCUGAUAACCCACUCCCUCGACAGCGCCUCCCUCCGCCGCGCCGCGACCCAAUCCCUCUUCGCCAGCCUCGCCUCGCACCCGCACAUGGCGCUGCUCGCCACCGCCGACACGCCGACCUUCCCGCUCCUGUGGGACCUGGGCACGCGCUCGGCGCUGCGCCUGCUCUUCCACGACUGCACGACCUUCGCGCCCUUCGCGCCCGUCGAGCUCGACGCCGUCGAGGCCGCCAACGACCUGCUCGGCCGCAGCGGCCGCCGCGUCCAGGGCCGCGACGGCGUCGGCUUCGUCCUGCGCUCGCUGCCCGAAAACGCCCGCGCCCUCUUCCGCAUCCUCGUCGCCGAGCAGCUCGCCGCCGGCGCGGACCUCGACGACGACGCUGCGGCCGCGGCGCUCGCGGCGCAGGCCGCUCAUGACGAUGAUGAUGCCGAUGACGGUGACGACGAUGUCUUUGGUUUCGCGGAUGUGCCGCAGACGCCGAGUAAGAGGGGGAGGGGGCGGGGGGCCAAGAAAGCGGCGGCGGCGGCGAAGGAGGCGGCGCUGCUGCUGCCUUCGUCGGCGGCGCCCGUCGUCGUCGGCGUCGAGUAUCGCGUGCUGUACCACAAGGCGGUCGAGGAGUUCGUCUGCAGCAACGAGAUGGGCUUCCGGACGUUGCUGAAGGAGUUCCACGACCAUCAGAUGAUCGAGAGCAGGAAGGACGGGGGCGGCGCCGAGAGGUUGUGGGUGCCGUUCCGGCGGGAGGAUUUGGAGGGGUUGUUGGAGGAGUUGGUGGAGUGA